UAAAAGCUGAACUGCAGAGACAAUGCUGUCCCCCACCCCCAUCUCUCUCCUCUGUGCUCUUCUCCUUUGCCUACCCCUUGCCAUCGUCUUCACCAUUACCACCUCUCCUACCACCACCACCGUCACAUCCGAGAGCACCACCACCUCCAUUCCUAGUUCCAUGACCCUCUGUACUUCUACCACAAAUAGAACUAGUUCACAAUCAGUAGCCUCCUUUCAACCCUUGAUCAAAACCAUGCAAAAACCCAUGAAAAAGAACAAAACCACCACCACCUCACCACCACAAACACCACGACCCCCCUUUCAAGAAGAAGAUGAUAACUCACUGUUCCAACUCGCCGGCCGAGUCAACCCAAACCCAAAAUCCAUCAAUUCACCCAAGAAACUCGCCUUCAUGUUCCUCACCACCUCACCCCUCCCGCUUGCACCACUCUGGGAACUCUACUUCAACACCACCCCCAAAAACCUCUACAACAUCUACAUUCACGCCGACCCGAGUUUCAACUACACUCAGCCGUUUCAAGGCGUGUUCACUGGCCGAGUCGUUUCCUCCAAACCAACUUCCCGAUUCAGCCCGACCCUCAUCUCGGCGGCCCGUCGAUUACUCGCCCACGCGCUUCUCCACGACUCUUCUAAUUACAUGUUUGCCCUUCUGUCCCCAUCGUGUAUUCCAUUGCACUCUUUCAAUUUCACGUACAGAACUUUGACCAAGUCGAAGAAAAGCUUUAUCGAAAUUCUCAACCAUGAGGGCGGCGCGUUCGAUAGGUGGGCGGCGCGUGGACUUCAGGCUAUGCUGCCGGAGGUGCAGUUUAAGGAAUUUCGAAUUGGGUCCCAGUUUUUUGUGCUAACCCGUCGUCACGCGAGGAUUGUUGUCCGUGACAGAAGGCUUUGGUCUAAGUUCAAGCUACCUUGUUUAGAUCGCACCACGUGUUACCCUGAGGAGCAUUAUUUUCCUACUCUUUUGAGCAUGAUGGACCCGCGUGGAUGCGUGCCAGCUACACUAACACACGUAGACUGGAGGGGUCAACACGACGGCCAUCCCCGCACGUAUCAUACUGAUGAGGUGGGGCCCGAAUUAAUACGGACCCUUCGAAUGGACAUGCCAAGGUAUGGAGAUGAUGGAACCAACGGGUCUGAUUUGUCCGUGAUGAAACGGCGUGACCCUUUUUUGUUUGCGAGAAAGUUCUCUCCGGAUUCAAUUGGGCCGUUGAUGGAAAUAGCGAAUGACGUCAUCUUCAAAAAUUGAGAUGGCACUUUUGUAAAUUUGUUGAUGUUCAAAGGUAAAUGUAAUUGUUAUCUUUAUAAGGAAAAAGGCGGGACAAACCCGGGCUUUUUUGUUGCUUUACGGUAUGGUUGUGAGUUAACUCGG